AUGGCGAUCGGGCCGCAGGAGCGCGACGCGGCGCGCAACCUCGUGUCGAGCGCGCACUUCUCGUGGAUGCUGCAGUACGCCGUCGACUACGCCAUCUGCCGCUGCGCCGCCGCCGCCGCAGCCGCUGACGCUGACCUGGCGCCGAUCGAGAACUGCCACGUGGCGAAAGCGGCGCGGGUGUCGGAAGACGCGGAACGGUGCAGGGGCACGGCGGGGCCCGCCGCGGAGGGGGACGAGGGCGGGAGCGCGGGAACGAGAACGGGCAUGGCGGGUUCUGCGGAGAGAGGCGGGGAGGCUCCGCCGUCCAUGGCCGCCGCUGCGGCAGCCGCCGAAAGCACGAGAAACCCCCAAUCUACUGGGCUAGGGGGUGCGAGAAUUUCAUCUCUCCAGGUCGGAUCGCCGGGAAACUCGCCGGAAAGGGAAAGCAGCAGUCGCACAUUAGACUCCCCCAGAGCCGCUUCUCAUGUCUCCGGUUCUGAUCGCUCCGGUACCUUGGUCGCCGAGCUCGACGAUCGAGCGUCGUCGAAUGCGGCGUCGCGUGCGACGUCGUACAGGCGCUCUGCGACGCUGGGUGCGAUGGAUCUUCACCGGAUCAUCGCUGCGACUGGCGGGAGGCGGUUGCGUGCGACCACGGGCAGCGAUCAAGAAAGGGGUGGAAGCGAUAAAGAGAGGGGUGGAAGCGAUAAAGAGAGGGGUACAGAUAGGAAUCAGAGCGGUAGAGACACGGGUGAGAGCGGUCGAGAGAGGGGAGGGAGCGAUAAAGAGACGAGUGACGUGAGCAGCGUGACUGUAGAGGUACGGCAGAGUAAGGAGUUUAGUCUGGCCGCACUCGAUAGUAGAACAAGAACGAGCAGCGGCGGCAACAAGAACAGCUGCAGCAGUGCAACCACCGUUAGUGGCACAAGCUAUACCCCUACUGGCAGCUCCGAUAGUAGCUCCUGCAGCAGCGGGAUGUACAGUAGCGGUUUUCUCGACGAGGGGACAGGCAGGUUUGGUUACGCGAGUCGUAACAAAGACAACACCUGCAAGAAUGAUGCUUUUUUUGUUAAUUCGAAAAAAGGCAAAAGUGACAGCGACGUAAUGAAGGGCCGGAAACAGGGGGGGUGUAAUAAGAAUGUGGAGGAACAGGAGAAGGGGAGAAAAGGGUGGAUCGUGAGACACAGUGACCAGGCAGGUGGGGAAGGAAGGGGGGAAGGAAAGGGGGAGGUUGCGGGAAGUGCAAAACAGGCUGGUUUACGGAGCCCACAUUCGCCAUUGCACGGCAUUUUUCGGCUUGUGCUGAACUCUUCCUGCUUCACUCCACAUGAAGAGCGCUUUACCUCGGGUGGAAAAGAGGCAGAAGCGGCAGAACAGGGCACUGCCAAGGGCACCAGAAAAGGCAUUGGACGCACAGGGGGUUGCUUAGGAGGCUGGAACAGAGGGUUUGUGGCGGGCAGUGGGAAAGAAACAGAGUUUGAAGAUUCUAGUUUGAAGAAUUCUGAGGAGGAAGGGGGUGGGGAAGCAGCAUCAGGGCACGGAGGGGCGGAGGCAAGCAAGGGUGUGAUCCAGGAUCUUCAGCAGCAGCAGCAGCAGCAUAAGCCACAGCAGCAGCAGCAGCAGCAGCAGGAUGUUACUGACACGUGCUCCCAGGAUGUGUUCAGUUUCCUUCGCGACCCGCGGCUCACCUCCACUGUGCCAAAAGAAGGAGCCGCUUGGAACACAUAUGAUAGCAGCACAGGCGCUACAGCAUCAGACCGCUACAGCAGCAGAGACGCUACAGUAGCAGACCGCUACAGCAGCAGAGGCGCUCCAACACCAGAUGCACGCCUGUAUUCCAGCUCUCCCCCACAUACCAGCCUCCGUGUGGACGUACCUGGAGAAGGUGCUAUCUGUGUCAGAGAAGGGUUGGCUGAUAGUGAUAGAGCUAUGGAGGGGGACAGCACAAGGUGCAGGCAGCCGGACCAGCAGGAAAAGAGGCAUUUGAUCUCCCACCCUGCAUCUGCCCCUGCCACCCCUACAGAAGCAGCCAAACCUGUCCUGCUGUGCCGAGACCCCACUCUCUCUGACCGCCUGGCACCUUGUGGUGGGGAUGGCGGUCAGCAGCAGCAGGAGAGGCAUUCGCCCUCCGCCCCUGCGUCUGCUCCUUCCUCCCCCACACGUGAUCCUGCCGCCCCUACAGCAGCAGCCAAGCCUGUCCUGCUGCCUAGAGGCCCCACUCUCUCUGACCACCUGCCGCUGUGCCAUGGGGAGGGCGGCCGGCAGAGGGAUGAGGGGAUGCACGAAGGGGUGGUGGGGACGGAUGGGGGGGAGCGGACGCAAGGGCUUGUGCAGGGCGGGUUCCAGGCUGUGCAGCAGGUGCAGCAGCAGCAGCAGCAGCAGCAGCAGCACCAGCACCACCACCACCACCAGCAGCAGCAGGGUCAGAAGCAGCAGCAGCAGCAGCAGCAGCAAGGGAGGAGGAAGGGGAUGACUCGUUGUGUGUCGAUGGGCAUUCCCAAGCUCUCAGCCUCCUUCAGCCACAUCCCCCACCUCAGUAACUUUGACUGGACCGCUGACGCUGCAGUUUCGGCUGCCGAUGCUGAUGCCAGUGCUAUUGCUGCCGCAUCUGAUGAUGCUGCUGCUGACUUUGGUGCUGCUGGUGCUGCUGGUUUUGCUGGUGCUGCUGCUGGUGGCUUGGGGGCUGGUUCAACCACGGCCGUGCAUGUGCCAUCGGUCAGCUUCAGCUCCCACAGGGGUGUAAGCAUGAGGGAACUGCCUGGCGCCACACAUAGCCAUGGCUUUAAGAGGGCGUUAGGCAAGAGCUCGAGCUACGAGACUGGCUCGACUGUCUCAAACAGGGGCGCUGGAGCGUCCCUUACGUCCCUUACAGCUCAUGCAGAGGUCGUUGCAGGGGUGAUGCAGAACAAUCCACACGCUGUCCAUGGCUUUAAGAGGGCUUUGGGCAAGAGCUCCAGCUACGAGACUGGCUCAACUGCCUCAAACAGGGGCUCUGGGGCGCCCCUUUCGUCCCUUACAGCUCAUGCAGAGGUCGUUGCUGGGGUGCCGCGGAACAUCCCUCACGCUGGCCAUGCUCCCAAGAGGGCGUUAGGCAAGAGCUCCAGCUACGAAACCGGCUCUGCAGGCGCAAGCAGGGUCGUUGGAACACCUGCUGCGUCCCUUAAGUCCCUCACAGCUUAUGCUGAGGUCGUUGCUGGGGUCCCGCCCACUGGCCGUGCUGGGUUUGUUGCUGCGGCGGUGUCGCAGGAAUUCACGUCCCGGAAAUUUACACACGAUGCUUUGGCCCAUGAGGAAGAGACACGCACGGACGAAGAUCUCUUCCCCGCCCUAGCAGAGACUGACACUGGGGUCUCCCCUCCACCACCCUCGCAGCCGUCCCCAUUUCUCGCAGCAAUCAUAUCAUCCUCCCCUGGCUCCUGCUUGCUGACAAGCACCCAUUCCCAUUCUCUUUCCUCCGUAAAGCCCCCCACUCCGUCGCUCACGAUCGCCUCCCCUUCCUGGCAGCCGGAGCCGCCAUCCCGCCAGCUGUCGCGCUCCCGUUCGUCCAACUCUGCCGCCGCAGCGGCCCGUGCUUCCCCGUCGCCCCGCCUGCUGCCGUCGCCAUCCACUCUCUCUGCAAGGAAGAGAGCCGGUGCGAUUUCCUCUGCUACUCCUCCCUACGUUGUGGCCCAGAAGAGUGAUGCCGCAACUCGGAAGGACGAUGCCUUGACCCAGAAUAAGGAUGCCUUGGUUGUGAGGAGAGAGGAGGGAGCGGGGAGGCUCUUCGAUGUGGAGGAGGGUGAGGAGGAUGAGGAGCAACCUGUGUUUGGGUCGUCAGGGAAAAGUAGAUCUUUGACUCACAGAAGACGAGCAUCUUUACCCUUGUUGCCGUUACCUGCACAUGUGUAGAGGAACAGGAAGUGAGAUAGCACCAGCAUGAAGAGAAAAAGAACCUAGGAUUUCUACGGCAUGUGGGGUAUUAAACAACAACGCAUUUGUUUCAUAAAAGAAUGUACGUUUG